AACAACAGAGGCGGAAGGUCGCGCGCCGCUUCUGCGCCCGUCUCAGGUCUCCCUCCUUUUCCCCCCACCCCCGCGACGAUACCUGUGGGGGCGGGGCUGAGUAUGCAGAUGUCCCGCCGCGGGGCGGGGCCGACGAUGCUAAUUAAAGCCUCCAGGCAGCACGUCCAGGUGAGCGCCUGGGCGGUAGCCACGCAGGCUACGAGAAAAAUAAACCCAGCAAGCAGCAUUUGCACAACAUUUUAGCCGGGUAGGAUCCCAUCCAGAAAAACAAUCCAAUUCAGGCACCCAGGAAAGUGGAUUAAGAGAUCUGGAACCAAGUGGCCUCAAAAGUUGUAAUAAUUCUAACUAUGGAUUUCAACAAAUGGCACCUGAGCUUGAAACUGCAGGUCCUUCUCCCUGGCCGUUGUAAGUCAAGGACGUGCCACAUUUUUGCAGCAGCUCUAGGUGGCUUAUCAAAUGAUAAGAGCUAGCAGCAGCUGUGAAGAUUUCUCCGUGCGUCUUUGGAGAACCGAAUAACCGUCAGCAUGAUGUUCGUCCAACGGCAGUUAGCCCUUCAGUGGCAAAGAAUGACUCUGACCUGGUGGAGGCUGUGUGGCUCCCGGCACAGUAGCAGCAACGGAGCUGAACCUUACUUGAUGCCCCUGCCAACACAAGCACAAGUGGUUAUCUGUGGUGGCGGGAUUAUGGGCACCUCAGUGGCCUAUCAUCUCUCCAAACUAGGGUGGAAGGACAUUGUCUUACUGGAGCAGGGCAGGCUGGCAGCCGGUUCCACUCGGUUCUGCGCAGGCAUCGUAAGCACAGUGCACCAUUUGUCCAUCGAGCUAAAGAUGGCCGAUUACUCCAGGAAGCUCUACCAGCAGCUCAAGCAAGAGACUGGGGUGGAAACUGGUUACGUGAAGACGGGCUCCAUCUCGCUAGCUCAGACUCAGGACCGGCUGAUCUCGCUGAAGCGCAUAGCCUCGCGACUCAAGAUCAUGGGUAUUCCCUGCGAGCUUAUCCCACCAAAGAGGGUGGCCCAGCUCCACCCCUUUAUCAACAUCCACGACCUGGUGGGGGCCCUGCAUGUGCCCGAGGACGCCGUCAUAUCAUCUACUGACGUCACCCUCGCUUUGGCCAAUGCUGCUGCAGCGAACGGGGUUCAAAUCCACGAACAAGCCAGUGUCAUCCACGUCCUGGGCCAGAAGGGCUGCGUAACUGGAGUGGAGACGGACAGAGGGAUGAUUGAGUGCUCCUACUUCGUCAACUGUGCUGGGCAGUGGGCUUACGAGCUCGGCCUUUCCAACGAGGAGCCAGUCAGCAUCCCGCUGCAUGCCUGCGAGCACUUCUACCUUCUGACGCACCCCCUGAAGACCCCCCUGGAGAGUAGCACUCCAACUAUUGUGGACCUCGAUGGGAGGAUCUACAUCCGCAGCUGGAAGGGGGGCAUCCUCUCGGGUGGCUUUGAGAAGAACCCCAAGCCUAUUUUCACUGAGGGCAAGAAUCAGCUGGAGAUACACAACUUGCAGGAGGACUGGGAUCACUUUGAGCCACUGCUGAGUGCCUUGCUGAGGAGGAUGCCGGAUAUGGAGGCCCUGGAGAUCAUGCAGCUGGUGAACUGCCCAGAAUCCUUUACUCCAGACAUGCGGUGCAUCAUGGGAGAAUCCCCCACCAGGCAGGGCUACUUCGUCCUAGCAGGAAUGAAUGCGGCUGGUACGUCUUUUGGAGGUGGAGCAGGCAAGUACCUGGCCGAAUGGAUGGUGAAUGGCUACCCUUCUGACAACGUCUGGCCCUUGGACCUGAAGCGCUUUGGAGCUCUGCAGAGCAGCCGUACUUUCCUCCGUCAUCGGGUCAUGGAAGUGAUGCCCCUGAUCUACGAUUUAAAAGUUCCCCGCUGGGAUUUCCAGACCGGCCGGCAACUCCGCACGUCUCCCCUGUACGACCGGCUGGACGCCCAAGGAGCGAGAUGGAUGGAGAAGCAUGGCUUUGAGAGGGCAAAAUUCUUUGUCCCUCCAGGGAAAGAUUUGCUGGCUCUGGAUCAGAGCAAGACGUUUUACAAGCCGGAUUGGUUUGACAUUGUGGGUGCAGAGGUCAAAUGCUGCAAAGAGGCUGUGUGUGUCAUUGACAUGUCCUCAUUCACCAAGUUCGAGAUAAGCUCGACGGGAGGACAAGCUUUGGAAGUUCUGCAGUACCUCUUCUCCAACGACCUGGAUGUGCCAGUUGGGCAUAUUGUGCAUACAGGGAUGCUCAAUCACAACGGAGGGUAUGAGAAUGACUGCAGCAUAGCCCGUCUGAACAAACGCAGCUUCUUCAUGAUUUCCCCCACAGACCAGCAGGUUCACUGCUGGGCCUGGUUGAAGAAGCACAUGCCUGAAGACAGCAACCUCUUCUUGGAAGAUGUUACCUGGAAAUACACAGCCUUGAAUCUGAUUGGCCCACGUGCCAUGGAUGUCCUGUCAGAGCUCUCCUAUGCGCCAAUGACACCGGAACACUUCCCUUCCCUCUUUUGUAAGGAAAUGAGUGUCGGCUAUGCCAAUGGCAUCCGGGUCAUGAGUAUGACACACACGGGAGAGCCCGGCUUCAUGCUUUACAUCCCCAUCGAGUAUGCCCUCCACGUGUACAACGAGGUGAUGAACGUGGGGCAGAAGUAUGGGAUCCGGAACGCUGGCUAUUACGCCCUCCGCAGCUUGCGCAUUGAGAAGUUUUUUGCCUUCUGGGGACAAGACCUGGAUGCUUUCACCACCCCGAUGGAAUGCGGGCGAGAAUUCCGGGUGAAGCUGGACAAGGGCAUGGAUUUCAUCGGGAGGGACGCGCUGAUGGCUCAGAAGCAGGAAGGGGUCUACAAGCGCUUCACCAUGUUCAUCCUGGAAGACCAUAACACCGACCUGGAUUUGUGGCCCUGGUGGGGGGAGCCCAUCUACCGCAAUGGCUGCUACACGGGCAAGACCACCAGCAGCGCUUACAGUUACACACUGGAGCGUCACGUCUGCCUGGGCUUUGUCCAGAACCUGGAUCCCGAGACCGGCGAGGAGCAGCUGGUCACCCCAGACUUUGUCAACCGGGGAGAAUAUGAGAUCGACAUCGCCGGGCAGCGCUUCCAAGCCAAGGCCAAGCUGUACCCCUUCAGCUCCCUCUUCACCUCCCGCCGGCGCAAAGACGAGAUGGAGUUCAGCGGUUUCCAGGGCAAAUAACUCCAGAAAGCGCCAGACUUUUCCCACGUUGCCCUUUGGACUUCUUAAGACUUCCUGGCCUGUUACAUUUUGUAUAUUUUGAACCCUUUUCCUUCCUCCUUCCCCCAAAAUGAUCCUGCAGCUUUCCCCCCAAUCUGAAGGGGUAUUUAUGACGGGGAGGUGCGACUCUCUUGUCUCCAGAGCAGGCAGAGCAAGCUUCCCUGGUCCCUCAGCCCCCAUGGAGAGUUCGAGGUCUUGGGAACUUGGUGGGACCUCUUGGGGUCUGGAGAGGCCUGCAUUUUGAGACCCGCCGCUCGCUUUAGGGCACCUGCUCGCAGUGAGGUUUGCUCCCAUGAAAACAUUCUGGUCCUGUCCCUUCCAGCCAACCUUCAAAGGGGUCGAUAGAAAUGACAAGAGGAUUACCUCGUCCUUAUCGCCACUGUAGGAGACAGGGCGUCCUGCUAGCAGGAGGAUCUUCGUAGUUCUCGGCGUGCAUCUGCAUCGAUCUGUGGAACCACGGAAGUCCCUCGGAGAGCAGCUGCCCGAUGUUACUCAUCUCCUCCCAGCGGAUCCCUCUCCGAGAUCUUAUUUCAUGGGAGCUGCUUUGCGUUCUUCUGCCUCUCACGUCGUUGUCCUGUCCUGUCCAUCUCCAUCUUGGGAACCCCUUCAGGAUUUCGGCUCCCAGGAUUCUCAGGCACAGGCCCGGGAGAUAAUGAGCCCCUGCAAGGCCGCCGGGCUGGAGGAGGCCGUUUCCUCGCAUUAUCUGCGGCUCGUGGAACAGACGGGGGUGGGAGUGGGGAAGCCAUUGAUGGCAGGUGAGGGGGUCGAGACUUUGGGGUAAGCUGCUCGCUCUGUAAUUGUUAAAAGGCCGAUCCGACGUGCUGCUUGCCUUGGGAAUCUAACCCUUGUGCCCGUCGCCCCCCCCCAUCUAAACUCGGAAAUAUUUGGCCAACAGUGACCCCAGCGUGGCAGCCCCAACCAUAGUGAUCCCCUCAUCAGCCUGAGGUGGGGCAAUCAACCCCCCCCCACACACAUACCUGGAGACUCCCUUCCCUGUCAUUUUUUGGAGCUCCAAAGGGAUGAGAGCUGCAAGGUUCUGCCACAGACCAAAAAAGGCCACAGCAGUUCUACAUUUUGCUUGGCAGGAAGUGAAGAUAAGCAGCGACGAAGUCCUCUUUUGUGGUGCUGCUGCUGGCGGGUUUGAACGCUUCGCCUCUUCUUCUCCCGCCCUGGCCACCCUCAGGGAGGGAGUUCUUGGCCAAGAAGACUGGCUCUUUUGGACCCCUAGCCUUGCCUCUUCCCUCCCCAAGAGAAUUUAACUCCGUGCUUCCCUUGGUAGGUCGUCUUCCCUCCCAGCCAGCUCGCUUGCUCUGCGCUGCCUCUUUUAGCCUCCCUCUGGACGAAGGCUGGGAAGGAGACCGCGGUUCUGUUCCAAAGGCCUCUUGAUUGGCUGCCGGAGACGUUUUGAUGGGCUCUUCUUCUUCUUCUUGCCCUUCCUUUGGUCUACCUGGGAUCUCUCUCCUCUACCAGCCAAGGUGUGUGUAAGCAGCUGCACCUCCUAACCUGCCGGUUUCCCCAACCUGGGAUGAGCAGUAGGGGGAAGACUCUUUCCCAAACAGAUCUGUUUGCAACCAAAAAUUCCCUUUAGAGGAGCAGCGACUUGGUCUCAUCGCGAGAGUCUGCUCAGGCUGCAGACUCCAGGGUGGCCUUUUCAGGCUCCCACAGACAAGGGCAUUUGGGAAGCGGCACCGACCGAAGCCCAGCAGGGCCUGCUGGGAAUAGCUCAGGGGCUGCCUCCGAGACCCCCGUCCUCUCAGGCUGGCUAGGCUGCAAGCGCCCUGAAGGCUGGCCUGGUCUGCUUGGGAAGAGGGGCCGAACAGCUGGACAGUCCCCUGCUGGUUGAAAACCUGGGAGAAGACGAGGCAGAAGGAUAAAAGAAGCCUCUGGGGACAGCCAGCCUCCCCGAGUUGCUUUGCACUAUAGUUCCCAUCACCUAUUCCUCAUUUUUUGCCUGCUGAAGCUCUUGCCCCCCUUGUCCUUGUGCCAAGGAGAUCUGCUCCUUCCCCGCCUUCCUGCAAAAGUUUUGAGUGAGGACCUUCCAAGCUGCUUCUCCAGGUGUGUUUGUCCAGGUGCAGGUUCUCUUUCCAGAACCUCUUCCGUGCGAUUCUGGAGUUUCUUUGCCUUCUGGCCAAUCUGCCUCUGCCUUUGGGAGAAAAGCUGGGGGGGUGGGCUCCUUCCCCAAGAAGCCCAAAUCCUCUGCUGCCCUCCUUCCGUUGCAGCCUCCUUCCGUUGGCCAGUCUCGGAUGCACUUUAGCUUCCUCUCCUUCGGCGUUGAAUGCCCUUCCACUCUGGAUGUUUGGUUUCUUUCUAGCAAUUCACCUCCCAAAUCGACGGGGAGGGGAAAGAUCAUUGUUGUCAAUCCGUCGCGAUCACUUACGAAAACCGAAACGCUUCCCCUGGGCAGCUACUCCCACGGGGCCCGAAGCUGAGGAUGCCACCGCUGAUGCCGCUGAUGCUCCUCCUCCUCUUUGGAGUGCCUUAACGCUCGCAAUGUGACCCCGGAGGGGCUUAGCUCGGCCUUGCCCUCUGCCCCGUCUCAGCCCGCUUAGUGCCUACAAAUCUUGGGGCUCAUCAAGACAACCGCGGCUGAGACACAGAACACCUUCCUGGCUUUGCUCUUUGGCAGUCUUCGCUGGGGAAAUCUGCUUGUCUGAAGCCCCCCAGGUCAGGGGUCUCCAACCUUGGCCACUUGAAGACUUGUUGGACUUCAACUCCCAGAA